AUGCUCUCGCCGCCUGACACUGAGGCCCAGUGGCGCCAGUUAGCUGUCGAUUGUUACCACAGAUGGAAUUUUUCUCAUUUGAUUGGGGCUAUAGAUGGAAAGCAUAUUUCAUGUAAAGCUACUGCCAACACUUGGUCCGACAUCUUCCACUAUAACGGUUUAUUCAGUGUUAUCCUCCUAGCAGUCGUGUCCUCUGACUACAAGUUCUUGUGGAUAGACGUAAGCUACAAGUGGUCCUUCUUUGGUGCCCACAUCUACAAUGAAAAUGAGUUCAAUGAGGGUCUACAGAAUAAUUACAUCGCGGGCUUCCAAGAGCCGGGUCUCCUGUCGGGUGACACACAUGAUGUAUCCUACUUCCUAGUAGGUGACGAUGCGCGCGGACUGCGGACCUAUAUUAUAAAGCCCUACGCUAACAGGGACAUGACCAGGGAGCAAAGGGUAUUUAACUAUAGACUGUCGCGGGCCGGACGGAAAGUUGAAAAUACGUUCGGGAUAGUUACCAACUGA